AUCAUCUCUGCUUUGCAAUUGGCAGGAGGCUCUUGCUAUGAGCUCAAUUACAUCAGAAUUCCUUUUGGAAUCUGAUAAAAUGCUUAAUCGAUUUGACAUUUGGAAGGAAUCCUAUUUGAGAACUUAUUGAAAUGAGUGAUUCACUUGGGCAAAUGAAUCAUAACCUUGAAGGUUUGAAGAGUGAUCUGAAUGAAGUUACUAAGGGAAGGGAUUGCCUUGAUUCUGAGGUACUUGUCUUGAAAGAGCAGCUAGAAAUGGCACAAGCUGUUGCUGAAGAAAAUGAAGCAAUUGCUAUAGAAGCUCGACAGGCAAGGAAGAACUAUGCUGAAGAGGAGGAGGUGAAGCUGUUAGAGAAGUCUGUGGAAGAGCUAGAAUAUACUAUAAAUGUAUUGGAAAACAAAGGGGAGCUUGUCAAAGGAGAGGCUGAAAGGCAACGGUUGCAGAGAGAGGAGCUAGAAGGGGACCCUACUGAAACAGUUCAUGUGGAAGGCUAUGUGGCAGUUCAUGUGCAUUUGUAUCUUGUUUUGAAAACUUUAAAUAGACCAUUAAUUGUUUUGUUGAUAUUGUGCUGAUUGUUGUCUUGAUGAAUGUUAAAUGGGUGAAAUAUGCACAGGUUCAAUCA